UGAUAUGUUUGUAGGGAACCUGAACCAGUUUAAAACCAUCAUCAGGGUGACCAGGGACAGUCUGGCUCUUACCAGUUUACACAGCUAACCGGGGAGAGGAGAUGGCGAGGGAGCUCUGCUCCAAACCCUCUGAUCUUUCUGCAAAUCAGGCAUCUGGCUGCUGCCAAAACUUUUUUUGGGCAGAGGCUCAGGGGUGAACAGGGCUGUGGGGAGCAUCAUUCCCCCAGGAUGCUGGCAGUGGGAUUGAUGAUGUCCGCCCUCCUCCCGGCAGCGCCUGCGAUGUGAUUUCUCUCUGCCGGCAGCACAGCUCCCAGACAAAGGCUCUGCUCAGCGCUCGCGGAUGGGCUGGAGCUGAGGGUCACCCCCGAGGGGUCACCACACCCGUCCCCAUCGCUGCCUGAGCCCAGGCUGCCGCCGGGACACGCCGGCUGUGCCCCCAUGCACAUGCGUGUACCCACGCGGACCCAUUCGCACCCUCUGGCUGCUCCCCACCUUCCCCUCCACCUCUCCGGGAAGAUCCAGCAGCCGGACCGAGGCACGUCUUUUGGCAUCGAAAGGAUUAACUCCCCGGGAGCAGCGGCAGAGACUGAGCCUACGCUGCUGUCACGCAUCGCCGGCUUCACCGCACGCCUGGGAGUUGUGGAGCCAACCUCUCGGCGGCUAAUCCCCCUCGCUGCUGGUAGCCAGGGCGGCUGGGAAGAACGAGUGAGGCUAUAGGGUGAAGGGACAGGAGGUCAAGAGGACAGGGAGGAGUGUACACACACACACACACGCAUGCACACACCCCGCAGAUGGCAGGCAGCGGCACUGGGUCGGUUGCCGUCUGCAGGGAGGUCCGUAGGGAGCCGAGCGCUGAAUAAAACAAGCUGGAGCAUCAGGCAAGCAGAUCUGUUCUCUCGCAAAAGUCCUUAAGGCAAAACCCAAGAGUGGCCACUCCUCGUCUCAGCUGCCCUUCGGAGACCAGGCGCUGGGCUCACUGCUGUCAUGGUCGUCGUCUGUUAUUAUCAUUUUGUUUUUAAAGGAAUCGAUCAGGAGAUGCCGGCAAAAGAAGUUGCUGAAAGCCAGGCUGGUGUGGCCGGGAGCUGCGUGCUGCUGGCUCUGCUGUGCACCGGGAGCAGCUGAACUUUGCGGGUUUUGAAUAUACAUUUUCCUCUGCGGACGCUUCGGGCAGAGUUACGGGGAGAGUCACGGCACGGCACCACAGACCUUGCGCCUGCUGUUACCCAGACCAUGUCCGGGGGACGGCAAAGGGGGGAUUUCUGUCUCUCCGAGGACCAUCACCAGUGAAAAGAAGCUGGAGAAAGGCAAUUUAUCUUUCUUUCCAGAUGACUGAAAAUACCUACAGGAUCCUGUUUCUUCAGCUUUCAUCAACGAGUAGCAUCGGAGAGAGGCAGCUGAGGAACAAAAAUGUUAUCGGUCAAAAUCAUUUCAGCAUCUACUUUUUCCCAAGGAACUUCAUGCCCGUAGGGGUUUGCUGUGGGCAUUUACAGAAGUGAGGACUGACAUACCACAGAUGCAUCCCUACCGGAUCAUGUAAGAAUUUGCAAAUGAGAAACCUACCCCAGCGAGACCUUCUCUGCCCAGUUUGCCGUGCAUGGUUUGGUGUAGGUACGGCAAUUCUCACCUCUUUCUCCCCCUUUUAAAUCUCUUGGGCUUGGAGAUCUCUUUCCUCAUUGCAAUUAUGAUUAUUUGCAACAUCAGUGCCAUCAAAGAUUGGAGCACUUUCCUCUCCCAGAUCCUUCCCAGCGUUAACAAGACUCUGAACUUGGUACAGCAAGUGGAAGCCACCACCAGCUCAGUGGUAAGUGUCCUCCAGGACCCCGAGCAGGACAACUACCUGUCCAACAGCCAGUCCAUGAACUCCAGCAACUUCACAGCUGGCCUAGACCACUUGUUCCAGUACUCAUACUCAGACAAUGACCAGCUUUACAAGGAAUACAAACCGCCUCCUCGAGACGCCAUUCCUCUACCCAAGGCCGUCCUCUACCUUCUCAUGGCAGCCCUGGUGGUGGUGGCAGUGGCAUAUGCCAUAGUGGGGCAUCUCAUCAAGGACCUCAUUCACGACUUUAUAGACUGGAUCUUCGGUCCCAGCCCAGAUGACAACAGCAACAAGAGCGACGUCAACUGCAUCAGCAACAGCGUCAAUGAGAUGAGUGAGAUGCCUGAGGCACCGCGGCACCGGGACCGCCAACCCCAGGACGUGGUCAUUGCCAUCGGCGAGACCUGCCACUUGCCGCAGCAGACGUGACCGGUGCAGUGGCCGAGUCAGGCAGGAUGGAACAGAGGGAUGGAGCGGAGUGUUGGAGCAGCGGGAUGGUGCAGCAGGACAGCGCAGCAGCCACAUUGCAGGACUGGAUGGCGAGAGGAAGGGAUGGGCAGAGCCAGCACCAUGGAGCAAAGCCAUUCUCACCCCGGUUUUGCCAACCUCUAAGGACCUUGCCAGGGCAGGCAGCAUCACCCCUUCUCCCAGGCUUGUCAGUCCUGCUCUGACAUCUGUCCGUGGGUUCAUGCCCUUUUUUCCCUGUGAAUAGCAAAAAAAAAAUUGCAAAUUCAAAAUACACCCACCAAACAAAGCUCGCAAGAGAAAUGAGCCAGAGAGGAUCUGGGCAGUCAUUUGGUGUGUGGCUGUCCCGCAGCAUGGGGAUGGGGUGGUGAAAAGGGCAAAGGAGACAAGGAGUCUGCAUGAGAAACAGGGGUGUCUACAUUUCUGGGGACAGACCCAGGACGUGGCAGGGAGCUGGGGCUACAGCAUGAGCCAUGGGCUGCAGAAAGGCACUUGAAAGGACAGUAGGAGCCAAAUUCAGCCCGCUACAUUGAUGACCUGCCCAGGCCAUCACUCCUCCCUUUAGUUUUGCUGCUCCAGCUCACAGCCCAUUUCAGCAGGUAUGUCCUGUGGCUCUGGGACAGCAGGGUGACAGCCUCACCUCCCCAGGGAGCCUUCGUCCCCAUGCCCAUGGCCAGGCCAGGGCACCACCUUCCCUCUGCCACCAGCUCUGGUUGAGCCCAGCAUCCCCUGACUGGGAGCAGCCCUGCUGGGACAUGGCAUGCCCCUGUUCUCUGAGGAAAGUUGCUGGAGGGGAGGGCAAGGACCCACCUGCAGGAAACUUUAGCUCUUCAUGGGGGAAAAUAGCCCCUGUAUAGCUGCAUCUCUCAGAUUUGUCCCCAUAUAGCCAUUCCCCUCCUCACCCCUACGUUAGCUGCCACCAUGAGGGGUGCUGGCCCUGCACUGGGGUCAGCCACAUGUGCAUGCACUGGUGGAGGGGGGAGACCUCCCUUGUCUCCCUGUGUACCUUCCCUGCCAGGGACCCGCCACCCAAAACUGCCCUUCUCUCUUCCUGUGACUUCUCUCUGCCCAAAGACAUCCUUUCCCAUUGCUAGCUCCAGGCAGAUUUCUGCUUCCCACUUUUUAAAGGGGCUCAGGGGAAGCCAGCAGCAGCCAAGGUGGGGGGCGAGUUCCCAAACCAAGAGAGAAAAGGAGCAUCCUGAUGAUUUCAUUGAUAUUAUAAGGCCAGCUCUUGCCCCGCUCAGGUUUUUAAACCAGGAUCAAUCCUUUCUCUGUAUAGCAGAGCCUAUAAAUGAGCUGAGCUCA